UUUUUCUCUUUUAUUUCUCUCUCACUAUUUAUUAUUUCUUAUUAUUUAACUUUUACUACUAUAAUAUCCAUGAUUAUAUUAUACCAUUCUAUUACUCUAUUCUUCUUUAUUCUUUUCACCUUUUUACAAAUAAUCAAUUGUCAAAUGACAUGUGAUGUUACUGGACCACAAGGUUUUUCUGACUUUUCUUUAUUACAGAUAGAUUCUACAUUAUAUUUAACCGGUGGCAAUCCAACUUCAACCGAUGUAUGGAGUUUAGAUUUAGGAAGUGGAAUUGAUAUUACACAAUGUCUUCCUUGGCAUGAUAUACAAUCAACAAAUAAUAACGAUACAACUAUUCAACCAUUUAUGUAUGGUGUUGCUUUUAAUACUCCUGAUAAUCAAUUAUUCGCUCAAACUGGAGACGGAGGAACAUCAACUAUGGCAAAUGGAAUAAAACUUGAUCUUACUACUAAUACUUGGACGAAUGUCAAUAGUCAAGGACAAAUACCUGUGGUUCGAGCAGAAAUGACAGUAUCACUUAAUAGAACAACCAAUCAAGUAUGGUAUUAUGGUGGACGAAAUACUCAAAAUCAGCAGGCUUCUGGAAAUUUCAACUACUACAAUGAUUUCUACUUUUUGGAUACAACAACCAAUACUUGGAAUUGGCCAACAAUUUAUAACACCGGUGGUAUACGUCCUUCUCGAUUUGGUCAUACCUCAAAUUUACUUAUGGGUCAAAUAUUUAUACUUGGUGGGAAAACUGCGAUCAUGAAUGGAUCAGACAAUACUUGGAUUGUUGAGAAUGCUGAUUUUAGAAGUGUAUUAGUGUUUGACACCAUCGCAAAUACAUCCAUCAGUAUGGCAACUAUUAAUGAUAUUCCUCCUGGUCUUGUUAGAUUCUCUGCUACAAAUGCUCCCGAUGGAAGGUCUAUCGUAAUAUUUGGUGGCAAAACAUUGAAUAAACAUACAUUUAUUCCAACUCAAAAUGUAUAUGUUCUUGAUACUUGUACGUUGUCAUGGUCUGUUCCAAAUAUUCAAGGUACUCCACCCACUGCUCGUGCUGGUCAUGAAGCUAUUACUGUUGGAAACUAUAUGAUAGUUAUUGGAGGUAUUACCAAUGUUGCAAAUGGAAACACGAUCAGUUAUGCGAACGAUGUAGCGAUUCUAGAUAUGACAACUUGGACGUGGGUGAAUUCGAUACCAGCAGGCAACUAUGCACCUCAACAACCAGUAAAUCCAGGCUGUCGAUUCUCUAUGCCUGUUUCGCAAAACGAUAAUAACAGCGGCAACGGUGGAUCAGAUGGAAGUGGACUACCUUAUGAUUCAACUGUGGUCUCCAAUCCAAACUUAAACAACAAUAUUGCAUUGAAAGAAGGACUUGGGAUUGGACUUGGUACACUUGGAUUACUUUUAUGUGGUGGUAUCAUUUAUUUUAUUCGUCGUAUGCGACAACAAGCUCGUACAAUCAGUCCUCGAUGGUUACCUACUAUUCUUACAAGAUCAUCCUCAUCAGCAAAGAAAUCAACAUCUUCAUCUACACGAUCUUCUCCUUCAACAUCUUCCUCUUUACCUUCUACUGCUUCCGACACAAAGGACGACAUUAUCAAGAAGAAGAAUGAUGUACCAUUGUUUGUUAUCACUGAACAUCCCUAGUUUUUCAUGCUAUUUCUUAACUAUCAUAUUCUCAUUUUUUAGUUAUAUAUACAUAUAUUAUUUUAUUUUAUAUAGUUCUCUCAUCACUUCAUUGAUUACAUAUUUUUUUAUCAUCUCCUUUUUCCGUCUUCUCUCUUCAUAUACACAUACAACAUUAUACAUAUCUUCAAAUAAUACUUCUCUAUUUAUUCCCCACUUGUAUUUAUUUUCCUUUUUCUUUUUGUUACAUACUAUGAAU